AGCAACUAGGGCACACAACGCAUGCGCAUUGUGAAAUAAAGCUCCACGUCCGGGAGAGGAGAGCUUAUCAGAGAAACUGUUAAGGCUGUUAAAAACAAAGUCAGUCUGGGUAAUGCUGGAAAGCGUAAUAAUAAACAGUCGACAACAUGUUGGACUCCAGAAAGUCUCAGCACUUGCAGGAAGGUUCCGGUCCUCCAUCGGCCCCAUUAAAAACUACAAGUUCAUCCAAGAUGAAGUGAGUGGAGAGUCGGUUCUCGUGUGCUCAUGCUUUCGUAUCAUUGAGAACCUGGAGCCUACAUGCGCGGUGGGUCAGCUGGUUUAUGAGACUGUCCAAGCCCAUCAUAAGGGGUACCGCAGCGGGUCGGGAUGCUUGCUGUUCCUCGCAGGAGCGUGGAGCCGCACUGCAUUGGACUGUCUCCAGAGAGGGAUCGCAGUUACACACAUAAUCAAAGCUAUGUCUGAGGGGAUUGAUAUUUGCUUGGAUGUUUGCAAGAAAUCUUCAGUCUUAUUCAAGGACAUCGCAGUAAUGCACAAACGCUCUGCUACACCUCAAGAUUUAGAACUUCAGCUGUCAGAGGAAGCCAUCGCCGACACCUCCCAAGUGGCAGCAAAGGUUCAUGACAAGUGUCUAAACAUGAGUGGACAGAGAAGAGUUAAGCUCAGCAGACAUUUUUGUGAGGCCAAGUCUGAAAUGCUCUCGUCAGCUUUGCUCCCUGAUCUGCUUGAACUCCCAGACGUAGCUGUCCUUGCUGAGUCUUUGAGCCAUGGUUGUGAAGACGCUAUGAAAUUAGCAGUUGAAGCUGUUCAGAUGCUGUCAAAGAUGAAUCAACAAGAUAUCAGCGAUCCCUCGUUUGACAUUUCAAAAGUGCAGACUUGUGUUCUUCCUGGUUUACCAGAGGACUGCACUUGUGUUGUUGAAGGCUGUGUUUUUCGUUUGUCUGAUGAACAGGCUAGAGUUGCUCAUAGGAUAAAACAACAACCCCUGAAGGUUGCUCUUGUUACUGGAGAUCUGUCACAGACCUACCGCCAUCUUGGCUUCAAAAGCCUAUCAGGUGUAGGUGUGUGUGAACACUUGGAUUUGUCUGCUUCAAGCAAAGAGGAUGAAUGGUUGGAAAAGGUUGUGAAUCGUCUCUUGAACCUGAAAGUGAACCUGAUACUAACUGCCGGCCUUGCCAGCCAGAAGGUCAUCCAGCAGUGCUGUAGGCAUCAUAUACUCGUGGUGGAAAAAGUCAACUCCUCUGUUUUGAGGAUUAUCGCCAGUUCGACUGGAGCUGUUCCAGUAAGCUAUGCCACCCAGUUAGCUGAGCAUUGUGUCGGCAAUGGCAUUAAUGUUGAGAUCUGGAGGGACCUCAGCAGCUAUGAGAGGGAGUCUUCAACAGCUGUGAACAUUUCCAAUGGCAGGAAUGGUGGACUGGUCACAGCAGUCAUAACAAGCUGCAUACAUGGCAAACUGCAGGCGCUGGAGGACCAGUUCUGGGCCUGUGCUUAUCGUUUACACCAUGCACUGAAAGACAGAGCCCUGCUGCCUGGUGCUGGAGGGACCGAGGUGCUUUGUGUUCAUCAGCUACAAAAGCAAGCAGAGUACCACAGGGUGGAAGACAGCAAAACUGGGUCAGCGGCUAACUUAUACAGAGGUCUCGUGUUACAGCUCAUGGCAGAUGGUUUAAUAGAUUACAUAAGUGCUGUUAUGGUUAGCACAGGAAGGUUCUCAGCAGCCGAAGCCAGGACUAUUGUCAGCAAUCAGCUGCAGGAUUUUCACAAAGACGAAAUCAUCGCAGGGAAGUUUUGGCAGCUCAUUUUGGAGAGUCGAAGAGAGGAUGCAGUUUUCUCAGCAGGGAAACCAGAUGAAGCACUGACUGUGAAGAUCUAUGAUAACCUGAGUGUGAAGCAGGAAGCUUGGAGGAAAGCUUUAGACCUUGUUUUUCUAGUUCUGCAGACUGAUGCAGAGAUCAUCACAGGAACUGGUCAAAGAACUGAGGAGAAUCUGAUGCGGUUAUGAUUGUUCCAUAAAAACAAAACAUUGUUUUUCUUUUUUUGUUUUCAUAACUUUUACAAUUUGCAUGAAAAGUUUUUCUUGUCAUCAAUCAGAUAAUUUAAAGAGUCUAAUACCUAUUCUCUACCACAAGGGGGAGAUGUAUUUAUUGGAAAUUAACUUUUUUGAAAACGUUUCAAAGUUACUUGUUUUUUUGUUGGUUUUUUUUUUCAAGUUUCCACACAGUCACAGUAAACUUUUAAAACUGACUAUUUGUUAAUUAUUUCUUUAAAUGUCCCACAGAGAAAAUGCUUUUGAUUAAAUCUUUUCUUCUAAACA